AUGGACGGAGAUUGGGACGAGGUCGCCCGCAUCCCCUUUCCGCCUCCGGGCGUCCACGCCAUGGCCACGCCCGUAACGACAAUGGCCUUCGAUACGGCGCAAGAGCUGCUCUGGACGGGCAAUGAAUAUGGAAGAGUCACGUCAUUCUACGGUAGCGAGCUUCAACGAUACACUUCUUUCAAAGCGCAUACCACAACCGAUGGUCCCGUCCGACAGAUCUUAGUGAACGACAAGGGCGUCGUGGUGCUGGGGUCGAGAGAUAUACACAUGGCCUCGCGCAAAGGCCCUCCCAUAUGGCACAUAAGACAUGAUGACAUGAAGGACUUACGAUGCAUGAGUUUUACGUCCAAGGGGACGUCAGAGAUCCUUGUUGCCGGUUUUCAGGACACCAUGUUUGUGAUUGAUCUCGCUAAGGGUGAGGUGGUCAAGCAGGUGCCGACGGCGCAUUCGUAUAAAGUUAUGAAGAAAAGCAGGUAUAUCUGUGCUGCGACUAAAGAAGGCACGGUUAACCUGAUCGAUGCGGCCAAUUUUACUGUCGCCAAAAGCUGGAACGCUCACUCGGCUCUCAUCAGCGACAUGGACGCCCAGCACGACUUCAUCGUCACUUGCGGCUAUUCACUGCGCCAAGGCCAGAACUACAUGUUAGAUCCCUUUCUGAAUGUCUUCGAUAUCAAGAAGAUGUCGUCGAUGUCGCCGAUUCCAUUCCCUGCCGGCGCCGCCUUUGUUAGGAUGCACCCGCGAAUGUCGACCACCAGCAUAGUCAUGUCUCAAAGCGGCCAGAUGCAUGUCGUCGAUCUAAUGAAUCCGAAUACUAGCAAUGUACGGCAGGCUAACACGAUGACAUAUUUGACCAUGUUCGAGAUCGCGCCGUCUGGUGAGGCCGUUGCUCUUGCGGAUGCCGAGUUCAACAUCCAUAUCUGGGGUUCUCCCUCUAAGCUACGAUUUGUUGAUUUCGCAUCGCAAACUGAAUUUGCUACGCCCGAAGAACCCCUUCCAAGUAUCGAGUGGACUGCCGACACACCUCUGAACUCUAUCGGCACGCCCUACUACCGAGAUGUAUUGCUGUCGGCUUGGCCAGAUCUUGUGUCUGAUGUUGGGGCUCCUCCUACCAAGCUGGAUCCGCAAUUUCUGUCUGGCCUCAAGGCGACGGACUUUGGAAUGUAUGGACGUAAUACAAGAGGAUUCCGAAGAAACCAAGUGGAAGACACCCGCAAUCUGGACAAAGCCAACGCGUCAGGUAUUCUGGCGCCUAAGUUCCUCAGCGAAAAAGCCAGGGAGUUUGCCAAGACUCCCGACAACGACGACGAAAAGGUCGACGAUGUUGCAAACGCGCUGAUGCGCAUGGACAUCGAUCCUCUAAAGGCGGAGUGUCCGCCAAUGUAUCGGAACGUGGAGAUCAAAUACAGCAAAUUUGGCGUUGAUGAUUUUGACUUCGGGUUCUACAAUAGGACGCAGUACUCUGGUCUUGAGAUCCACAUCGCCAACUCUUACGCCAAUUCUCUGCUUCAGGUUUUGCAUUUCACGCCCCUUCUUCGGAACAUAGCGCUCCAACAUGCGGCGACCGCUUGCGUCGAAGACACAUGUCUGUUGUGCGAAAUGGGUUUCUUGUUUGACAUGCUGCAAAAGGCCGAGGGCUCAAUCUGCCAGGCAACCAACAUGCUGAAGACUCUCAGCCAUCAUCCUCAGGCCGGUCCUCUUGGGCUUCUUGAGGAAGACCCUAAUGGCUCCAGUCUGACCGUAAUGCUUCAAGGCUUGAUGCUGUCGACCUCAGCGACAAGUUUCAUUAGGUGUAUGAACUGUAGGAGCGAGUAUACUCGACCGGGCUCUGGCUUCUUCCAAGAACUGAUGUAUCCGCAACAAAGUAAGAGCAUGGUGCGGAACCAGAAGGCUCCCAAAGUAACUUUCUCCCAAAUUCUCAAGUCGAGCGUUGAGAGAGAGACCACUUCCAAAGGCUGGUGUAGCAGAUGUCAGCGAUACCAGAACAUUGCAGCUAGAAAGACCAUUCACAGCAUCCCUGCCGUCUUUGUCAUCAAUACUCUUAUCAACAGUCCGGAGCAUAGACGCUUUUGGUCAACACCAGGGUUCCUGCCUGAGGAGAUUGGCGUCAUAGUAGACCAUGGCCAAUUUUUCUGCUACGAAGGCGAGGAUCUCAAACUUCAUCUCCAGCGCGGUAUUCACAACAUAACUGUGUAUUCCCUCGUCGGUAUGGCCGUGAAUAUCGACCCAGGUGCAGGGCAAAAGCCUCACUUGGUCGCCAUGGUGAAUGUCGCCCACGCGCAGCCCCAGGCGCCCCAAACAAGCCAGUGGCAUCUUUUCAACGACUUCCUCGUGCGGCCCGUUGCAACCGAGGAGGCACUCGCGUUCCAUCCCGCAUGGAAGAUGCCAUCAGUUGUUGUUUUCCAGCUCAAGGAGGCGAACAACAAGAUAGACAUGGACUGGAAGAAGAACAUUGAUACCUCUUUGCUGUAUCAUGACACCAACCCUCAUGUGGACGGCAAGACUUACCGUGCCCUGGAUUUGGCCACCGAACAGCCUGGGCCGGAAAGCAUUGUCGCUCUGGAUACCGAGUUCGUUGCUGUCCGUCAGCCAGAGAUCGAGAUGAAUUCGGACGGCGAGAGGGAGACGAUCCGGCCAAUAGUGUACGCUCUUGCGAGAGCUUCCGUCGUUCGAGGUCAGGGAGAGGACGAAGGGGUUCCGUUCAUCGACGACUACAUCUCCAUCAGGGAGCCCAUCGUGGAUUACCUGACAUCGUAUUCCGGCAUUACUCACGAGGACCUGGACCCGCGGGUGUCCAAGCACAACCUUGUGUCCCUCAAAGUUGCAUACAAGAAGCUCUGGAUACUCCUGAAUCUGGGCUGUAAGUUUCUAGGCCAUGGUCUCAAACAGGACUUCCGGGUGAUCAAUAUCCAUAUUCCCAAGUCCCAGGUCGUCGACACCAUUGACCUUUUCUUCCUCAAGUCUCGCCUGCGCAAGCUGUCUCUGGCCUUCCUGGCAUGGUAUCUGCUGAAGGAGGACAUUCAACUAGAAACACACGAUUCGAUUGAGGACGCUAGGACGGCGUUGAAGCUGUAUCGCAAAUAUCUGGAGUUUGAUGAUGCCGGCGUGCUGGAGCCCAUGCUUCAGGACAUUUAUCGCGCAGGUAGAGAGAACAAUUUCAAGCCGCCAAAGAGAGGUCUGGAUGUCCAAAGAGCUCUGACGCCUCCUCCGCUCGCAAGCGAGGCAGCGGCUGCCCCUACGACGCCAUCUGCCGUCGAGCAGGUGUCGGGCAAUGGGUUCGGCGCAGGUGCGACGUGGACGCCGGGCAAGGGCUCCCCCUUGCGGUGA